CAUAGUGGGUGUGACUAGGAAUUUGUCUGGAGAAUUGGAAAUCUGACCGGGGUGGCAUCUGAGGAGAUAGUGAGUCUGAAAGGGGGAGGCUGGCUGAGUAAGGGAAAGCAUCUGCAGAAGGAAGAGCUGUGGAUCCGACUGGAAAGGGUCAUGAUGGCCAGACAGGAGGAGGAUGUGACGACUGAGGACACUGUGAGAUGGAUUGACACAAAAGCAGAAGAUGCAGACAAGAUGAUUCUCCUUGGAAUUAUUCUGCUUCCAGUCCGUGCUUUACUGGUUGGAUUAGUUUUGCUGCUGGCAUGGCCCUUUGCUGUAAUCUCAACAGUAUGCUGCCCUAAAAAGCUGACCCAUCCAAUAAGCGAUUGGAGGAGGAAGAUCACUCAGCCCGCCUUGAAGUUCCUGGGUCGUGCCAUGUUCUUCUCCAUGGGGUUUAGGGUUACCGUGAAAGGAAAGGUGGCUAGCCCUCUGGAGGCGCCCAUUUUUGUCGUUGCUCCUCACUCCACGUUCUUCGAUGGAAUUGCCUGUGUAGUAGCGGGGCUGCCCUCUCUGGUGUCACGGAAUGAGAACGCCCAGACCCCUCUGGUUGGCAGACUGUUACGGGCUUUGCAGCCGGUUUUGGUAUCCCGUGUUGAUCCGGAUUCCCGAAAAAACACGAUCAACGAAAUAAAAAAGCGAGCAAUGUCAGGCGGGGAGUGGCCCCAGAUACUAGUUUUCCCAGAAGGUACUUGUACUAAUCGGUCCUGUUUGAUUACUUUUAAACCAGGAGCCUUUAUCCCGGGAGUUCCAGUGCAACCCGUCCUCCUCAGAUAUCCCAACAAGCUGGAUACUGUAACCUGGACCUGGCAAGGAUAUACUUUCAUCCAGCUGUGUGUGCUCACAUUCUGUCAACUGUUCACAAAGGUGGAAGUUGAGUUUAUGCCUGUGCAAGCACCAAGUGAGGAAGAGAGGAAUGAUCCUGUCCUUUUCGCCAGUAGAGUCCGGAAUUUGAUGGCGGAAGCUUUGGAAAUACCAGUAACGGAUCACACCUAUGAAGACUGCAGGCUGAUGAUCUCAGCGGGGCAGCUCACGCUGCCUAUGGAGGCUGGGCUGGUAGAAUUCACUAAGAUUAGCCGGAAACUGAAGCUGGACUGGGACGGCAUCCGAAAGCACUUGGACGAGUACGCGUCAAUCGCAAGCUCCGCCAAAGGAGGCCGAAUUGGAAUCGAGGAGUUCGCAGAGUACCUGAAGCUGCCCGUUUCCGAUGUCCUGCGACAACUUUUUGCUCUCUUUGACAGGAAUAACGACGGCAGUAUUGACUUCCGGGAGUACGUGAUCGGCUUGGCUGUCUUGUGCAACCCUGCCAACACAGAAGACAUCAUCCAGGUGGCAUUUAAGCUCUUUGAUGUUGAUGAGGACGGCUACAUCACGGAGGAAGAGUUUUGCACCAUUCUGCAGGCUUCUCUCGGAGUGCCUGACCUUAAUGUUUCUGGGCUCUUCAGAGAAAUUGCCCAAGGGGACUCUGUUUCCUACGAGGAAUUCAAAAGUUUUGCUCUGAAGCACCCAGAAUAUGCCAAGAUAUUUACAACAUAUUUAGACCUCCAGACAUGCCAUGUGUUUUCACUGCCAGAAGACGUCCAGACAGCUCCCUCUGUUGCUAGUAAUAAAGUGAGCCCCGAGAGCCAUGAGGAGGGUACCUCAGGCAAAAAGGUUGACUGAACUAGUGUUCCCAGUGACGGAUGGUGAUACGGGAAAGGUUCGUCAACAACACUGUGAAUGUGCUUAUCCACGAAUGUUGCUCAAAAUAGAAAGCUCUUUUUUUUUUUUUUUACUAAAAUGACAUAUUUUCUUCCUAAAACGUUUUUUAUUAACCUGCCUACAUCCAGAAAGUUCCUUUCGUUUUACCUUGUGCUCUACUGGUUGCGUUGACUGAUGAUAAGUGCUGUAUAUUUUUAAUGAAUUUUUCAGUUUAAUUUUCAUAAUAAAUCCAUUGGUCUUUCUCUGUGCUAGUCCACAUUAAUCGACACCCUGUGUUUAGCAGUACAGACAACUUUCAGCCAUGUCCCAUGUAAUAAUGUGUGUUUUCUCUAAUCCCUUCCCUUUCUGGAAGCAAGGAUAGGAAUCUGGAAGGCCCUGCAGAAUUUUGUAUUUCAGUUUCCUGAGUGCAUACUCCCCUUGACUUGCAUCUGGGUAGCAGGUCUCUUUAAAAUGCAUGGGGAGGACAGUGGAUCCUUUCACACCCUCGGAGUGGAAGGGACCAUGUUUUAAAGAUGAUUGCAGUGGACCACAGGCUGGGAAUUGCCUUAUUGAGGGGAACGGUGACUGCCUAAUGAGAAAAGGUAUUGUUUGCUACAGAGCUGAAUUGAAUUUAAGUUGGCCGGUUCUGAAGAUAGCACUUUCCCAAUAAACAAAUCAGGUUUUUUUUUUCCUUUUUACAUAAUGGCCAAAUAUUACCAGGCAGUCCAAGAGAGAGUUUGUCCUGUUAAUUUUCCCUCUCCAAUGUUAGAGUUUGUCAGAAAUAACCACAUGGAAAACAGAAGCUUCCAACAUGUCGCCAAGAGCCAAGGAAUCCGAAAGCUUACUUGGUUAAUGUGUGUCUACCCCCCAGGCAGGAAUACCACCUAAGCUAAGCAAAAAUUUCUUCAAAUGACAUUUUCCUUGGGACCCAUGUCUACAUACUCUUGCUGUCACUUACAUUUGAGGCUUUGAAUAAAGAACCAAUUUAUUAAAAGAAUGCACAGAAAUAAUUGGUUCCUUUGGUACCAAAUUCUUUGCUCUGGCUAGGUUUCAGAGUCAACUAGACGCUCAACUGUAGCUAGCGUUUUUCAAGUCAGUUUUGAGGCUCGGGAGUCCCCUGAAAGUGUGGGAGACUGUAUUGGAUCAAAAGCUGUGGUUUUAAACUACGUUCACACUUGAAGCGGGCCUGUUCUAAAUACACACCUGGAUCGUCGAGUGCCACAGUUUUAUCCUGAAGUCUAUGUGAUUAUUUGUUUCUCAUACAUCCGAAAGCAAUUUUAAAAGGUGUUAGGUGAGCUGAAGCAAUUGCUCGAUUACUUAGGCUAAGUAAUGUUUACACUGGUGUCUGCUCUGUGCAAUGAACGCGUGUGCUCGGGUGAGCACAGAAAGCCCACACGGUAGUCUGCUAAUCCUCAGAGAGUAGCUUUAGGAAUUAGAGGCUUUCUACGAGGCUCUCAAAUAAGGAUCCCAUAAUUUCCUUCUUUUUAUACUUCUACUUUGGUUGGUAUGGUAUUUGUAUUUUAUGAUUUCAUCAAUGAAUAAAUUUGCAGUGUGAUGCUUAACAAUGACAAA